AUGCCCGAUCAGCUCCGGUAUGACUCGUUGGGAUGCACUGGUAACAAGCACGUCAAGACUCCUAAUAUCGAUGCUUUUGCGAAACAAGGCACUCUCUUCUCAAACUGCUGGGUUCAGGCCUCGGUGUGCACGCAGUCUCGAUGCAGCAUCUUCACUGGCAACUACCCCCAUGUCUCCGGCCACCGCUCCAUUGACAACCUCAUCAAGCCAUGGGAGCUCAACGUGUUUCGUUCGAUGAAGGAGGAGGCUGGUUACCACAUCGCCUGCCUUGCGCCUCGGGGUGACACUUUCGCGCCUACAGUCACCGAGCUGUCCAUGGACGAAUAUGGCUUCCUCGAGACCCUAGAGUUCAUGCCCAAGUUUAACAAGCCACCCACCGAAGAGGACAAGAACAACAUCUGGAACCGCUUUUUUUACAAAGGGUGGAGGAACGCACAGGAAGCCGUGGACUACGAUGAAGCCGUGGUCAGGUUGGCCAUCAAAUGGAUGGAGCGUCCACCUACCGGCAAGCCCUGGGUUCUUUUUAUGCCCUUGAUCUUCCCUCACUGCCCCUUUAUGGUGGAAGAGCCGUACUUUUCCAUGUACGGCAGGGACGACAUGCCGGCUCCUGCGCCCAAAGAGAAAAAGACGGGAUACGAGCCAAGAUACAUGCAAGCCAUCCGCGAACAGUACGGCACUGCCCGAGCCACCCCUGAGAUGUGGCGCGAGAUCAUGGCCACAUACUACGGUAUGAUUACGAGACUCGAUGACCAGUUUGGCCGCGUCAUCCAGAAGGCAAAGGACAUUGGCGUCUGGGAUAGCACCAUCUCCAUGUUCUUCACCGACCACGGGGAGUACCUUGGUGACUAUGGCUUGAUUGAGAAGUGGCCUGCGGGCCUGUCUGAGUCUUUGACCCGUGAGCCGCUCAUCAUUGGUGGCGGAGGCCUGCCAGAAGGGGUGGUAUACGAUGAGAUGUCGGAAAUGGUGGACCUUUUGCCGACCGUUUUUGAGUUUACCGGGAUUGGCGAGCACUUCCCUCACUGUGGCAAGUCCUUUGCGGACGCUUUACUCAAGGGUGGGAAAGAAGUCGUUCCGCAUCGCAAGUAUGCCUUUACUGAAGGCGGCUUCCUGACGUCAGAGGAGCCACUGUUGGAACAAGGGCCGUACCCAUAUGACAUCAAGGGAGCGCUGCAGCACAACAACACGGAGCUGGUGGGUAAGGCCGUAUCAUGCCGCAGCAAGAAAUGGACUUACAUCUACCGUCUAUAUGAGCCACCGGAGCUUUACAGUCGCGAGAACGAUCCCGAGGAGCUGCAAAAUUUGGCCGAGGUGCCCGAGUACGCGGUCUUGCGUCGCGAAAUGGAAGCUGCCGUGCUCAAGUUCCUCAUGGAGAGCAGUGAUUUCCUUCCCUGGCAGAGAGACCCCAGGUUCCCGGAAACGACCAUGAAGAGCCCGCUGGAACAGUGGAAUGAGCGGACUCCUGUGUCCAAUGGGCAAACAGCUUAG